AUGCCCAUUCAAGGUGUCAUACCAAUUCUAACUUCUCACAACCAACUCGGCGAUUCUAACUUCUCACAACCCAACUCUAACUUCUCACAACCCAACUCUAACUUCUCACAACCCAACUCUAACUUCUCACUACCCAACUCUAACUUCUCACAGCACAACUCUAACUUCUCACAACCCAACUCUAACUUCUCACAACCCAACUCUACCUUCUCACAACCCAACUCUAACUUCUCACAACCCAACUCUAACUUCUCACAACCCAACUCUAACUUCUCACAACCCAACUCUAACUUCUCACAACCCAACUCUAACUUCUCACAGCCAACUCUAACUUCUCACAACCCAACUCUAACUUCUCACAACCCAACUCUACCUUCUCACAACCCAACUCUAACUUCUCACAACCCAACUCUAACUUCUCACAACCCAACUCUAACUUCUCAUAACCCAACUCUAACUUCUCACAACCAACUCUAA